GCCCAGCAGCAGUUGCCCAGUCGCCCAGUUGCCUGUCGCCAGUCGCUCUAGUCGCAUUUCGAGCUGUGCUGCUCAAGUGCCACAGAAAAGAUAGAAAAAAUACAAAAAAACAAUUAAUUGCCAAAAAAAAAUCUUAAACUGUAGCAACGAGCUAAACCAACAACAACAAGAAACACGCGCCAUCUACAACAUUCCCACGAUCCCCCCACAUAACUGGGCAGGGCGCUGUUAUUUUUCUCAAAUUCUCAAACGCGUGUCGCGUGUGUAAUCUCUCUGUGUGAGUGUGUGUGUGUGCCUCUCCCUCUAUCUCUCUCGCUAUCUGUCUCUUGCUCUUGUAUUUGAGCAACAAAAUAUAUAUAGGCUGUAAGAAACAAGUGAAUGCUCCUCCAACACCACCAACACCAAUUGCAACAGCAACAACAACGACAACAACGACAACAACAACAACAACAACAAUCAGUCGAUUCCAUUCAGUUCAGCUCAGCUCAGUUCAGUUCAGCGCCAGGCAGCAGGCAGCAUCCAGCAGUGACGAUUCCAACCUCACUUUUGUGCCGCACAAUUUUUUGUCGUCUCUUCCACGCGCAGACAACUAGAGAGCAAAGGACUCUAGACUCUGACUUUGACAACUUUUCUAGUUUUCCAGCUAAGAGUCGUUAAUAUACAUAUUUAUACAUAUAAAUAUUUGCGAAAAUGGAAAACUGUUUCACGGCGAUAGCAGCAACAAUUUCAGCAAAAUUCUGUGAAACUUAAUUGUAUGUUAACCAAUACAAUAAUUAAAGCUAAAGCACAAUUAGCAGCGUUGUGUUCCAACUAAAUAAAAGAAAACAAAAAUCAACUUCCCCAACAACUUCCAGAACGAAAAAGAAAAGUAACAAGAAAGAAAACAAAAGAAAACCCGAAGCGUAACGUGAACAAUAAAACAUAAUUUUAGCUAAAGAAGAAGAAGAAGAAGAAGAAGCGCACAUUGCAAAUGAUUCAACUGCUUCCUAACUAAGCUCAGUGCGAGGAAUACUUUAAGGGUAAAACAUAUAUAUAUAUAUAGAUAAAUAUAUAUAUAUAUAUAAAUAAAUACUGAAAUAUAAAAGAAAAGAACAACACCAACAACUAGAACAACUGCAACACGUAACGGCAACAUGUCACACGCCGUCGCCAUCAAAACAGAAACGGAAAACUGCAUCAGCAGCAACAACAUCAACAGCCUCAAACAGUCGCCACAGCCCGCACAGCAACUGCACAACAGCAGCAGCAGCAGCAACAGCAGCAACUGCAGCAGCAGCAGUAAUAACACCAGCACCAGCAGCAACAGCAGCAGCAGCAGCGGCAUCAGCAGCAACAGCAGCAACAGCAGCAGCAACAGCAACAACACCAACAACAACAACAGCGAUGCUACAUUCUCAUUGCUGAAUGGCACUCACUCGCAUCAGCGCAGCAAUGGACUCACUGCUGCGGCGCACGCAGCUGUCAGCUAUGCCAGCUCCGGCAGCGGAAGUGGUGCGGGCACUGGCGGUGGUGCUGGUGGUGGUGGUGCGAGUGCGGGUACGGGCGCCGCAGCUGGCCUCAAUGCGACCCUGCUUGGCGCUGCGCCCGCCACAGCGCUGCCCAGCAAUGGGGGCCUGCAGUCACCAUACGAGCGCUACCGAGUCGAUGAUACCAGCUACGUGCCCAUCGGACAGUUCUAUGCUGGACGGAGCGUUUUCAUAACGGGCGGCACUGGCUUUAUGGGCAAGGUGCUCGUGGAGAAACUUUUACGUUCAUGUCCGGAUAUAAGAAAUAUAUAUCUGCUGAUACGACCGAAGCGCGGCCAAGAGGUCUCAGCGCGCCUCACAGAACUCCUCAAUGCACCGCUAUUCGAAUCAUUGCGCCGCGAGAAGCCGAAGGAAUUAAGCAAAGUCAUACCCAUAUCCGGCGAUAUAACGUCGGAGGAGCUGGGCAUCUCAGAGAGCGAUCAGAGCCUACUUUGUCGCAAUGUCUCCGUUGUCUUUCACUCAGCUGCCACAGUGAAAUUCGACGAGAAGCUCAAGCUGUCAGUCACAAUCAAUAUGCUGGGCACAAAGCGGUUGGUCGAGCUCUGUCAUCGCAUGAUGUCCCUAGACGCACUCAUUCAUGUAUCCACUGCCUAUUGCAAUUGCGAUAGAACCGAUGUAUCAGAGGUCAUCUAUGCACCACCCUAUAAUCCCGAUGAUAUCAUCUCAUUAAUCAACUGGCUUCCGGAGGAUAUACUUGAUCAGCUGACACCGCGCCUCAUUGGCAAGCGUCCCAAUACGUAUACAUUUACAAAAGCCUUAGCGGAGCAUAUGUUACUUAAGGAGGCUGGAAACCUGCCCGUUGCCAUUGUGAGGCCCUCAAUCGUGACUGCCAGCCUGAAUGAGCCGUUCGCCGGCUGGGUGGAUAACUUCAAUGGGCCAACGGGUCUAGUCUCGGCGCUGGCCAAGGGCCUCUUCCGCACGAUGAUGUGCGAAAAGAACUAUGUGGCCGAUAUGGUACCUGUCGAUAUUGUGAUUAAUUUAAUGAUUGCGGCCGCCUGGCGCACAGCGACGCGUAAAUCCAAUAAUUUACUCAUCUACAAUUGUUGUACCGGCCAGCGUAAUCCCAUCAUAUGGUCGGAGUUUGUUAGAUAUGCCAUGUCCAGCGUGCGCAAGCAUCCCUUGGAGGGCUGUCUGUGGUAUCCAACUGGUGACCUGCGCAUGAAUCGUCCAAUGAACACGCUGAAUUGUAUAUUAAAACACUUUCUACCAGCUCACAUACUGGAUGCAGUGGCGCGCAUCAUGGGCAAGAAGCCAUUUGUUGUCAACGUACAAAACAAAAUUGCCAAAGCUGUCGAAUGCUUAGAAUAUUUUGCCACGCGCCAAUGGCGCUUCAAGGACGACAAUGUGAAUGGCCUGCUGCAUACGCUCAGUCCCAAGGACCGUGAGAUUUUUGUGUUCGAUGUGCGCAACAUCGACUGGGACAAAUACGUGGAGCGCUAUGUCCUGGGCUUCAGGGAGUUCUUAUUCAAGCAGCGGCCCGAAUCGCUGCCCGCCAGCAGAAAGCGUAUGGUCAGGUUGUACUAUCUGCAUCAGCUGAUAAAAGUGGUUGCCGUGCUGCUCACCUGGCGUUUUCUUAUGUCUCGCUCGAAGCGCUUGAAUGACUUGUGGAGCGCAUUUCUGGAAAAUGUGCUCAAGAUCGCGCGUCUAAUACCAUUUUUGUAAUAAUCCGGCUGGCAGAGGCAGCAGCAACAACAACAGCAUAAAUCUUGUCUGGUGAUGUUCUUCUUUGCAAUUUCUAAAUGCCUACAACAUGGCGUACAUUUUAGAGGUUUUUAGCAAAUAAUUAUAAUCAUAUUUUUAUAUAUGUUAAACGAGUAAACAAACCCAACAGUCGGGUUCAUUAAGUAUGGCAUCCGUGAAUAAGAAAAGACGAAAACACACAAAUGCUGCAGAUGCGGUGACCCAGGUGUCUGCCCGCACCUGUUCACCGGUCGGAUGUGCAAUUUUUGAGAUAUAAAUAUAUAUACAUAAUAAUAUAUAUAUUGAAAUGCCUCUCAAUGGGUGUCGGUUCUCUCGUUGGCGAGUUAAAGACGUAAUUUUUGUAAAUUUUGUGCAGUCAACUAAGUAAAGUAAUACUAUUAUAAUACGAAUCAAAUAAAGCGUAUAUAUAAUAUAUACAGAAUAAAAUAUUCCACCUUUGCGAAAAAGAAAAACACAAACAGAGAAAUGAAGGAAAACUAAAACAUUUUGAGAUAAUGAAACAAAUACUUGGAAAUACGACAAAUUCGUAAUAAAUUUAUAUAGUGAACAUAACUACGUCAAAGAUAAUGAAGCAAUUUUGCAGUAAUUAGAAAUUCCGAAUACUUUUGCAACAAAACACAAAUACAAAAGAAAACUAUUUAACAAAUUUAAUAACAACAACAAAUACAAAAAAUUAGAGAGAAAAACAAAAAAUUAUAUGAAAUGGCUUGUUAUUGCUUUAAAUUACAUAACGUAACGUAAACUAUGCUAAUAUUAAUUAUAAAUUAUAUUACUAGUUUUAACAUUUUUACAAUUAAAAUUAAGUUUUCAAUUUAUAUAUAUGACAAAACAAAAAACAAAAAAAAAGACAAAAAAUAAAAACACAAGCGAGAACAGAAUUAUAUACGACAAAAACAAAACCAAAAAAAAAAAAAAAAAAAAAAAAAAAAACUCAAGAAAUGCAGUUUAUAAAUAUACAAAAUUCAAUUUAUGUAUAUGUACUAUAUUACGAAAAAUAUGGCGAAAAUGAUACAAAAAAGCAAACACACAACAAAAUACAAAAAAGAAAACCAAUAAAUAAUUAAACGAAAAUAUAUUUAUAUAAACAUCAAACAUAAUUUCUUAGCAUUUGCAGCCUACAAAUUAAGCGUAAUCAACAAAAGAAAAAACUGAAGUUAAAAUACAAAAUUAUAUAUACAAAUUAUUUAUAUAUAUAUAUGCAUAUGUAUAUGUAUUUCUAGGUAUAUAUAUAUAUAUAUAUAUAUAUAUAUAUAUGUAUGUAUAUAUGUAUAGAGCGAAGUUUUUGACAUGAGAUUGUAUACACAAUUAGCGAAACAUCAUUAUUAAAUUUAUAUAUAUAACAAAUUAAACUUGCAUAACUGAGGAGGAACACAAAGAGCAUAUAGUAAGAACAUUCCAUCCAAUUAGUAGCGAAAACAAAAACAAGUGCAUCCGAUUCUGAUCAAUUUUUGAUACCCGUUCAUGCAGUGCAAGAGUGGAGCAUAUUUGCUCUAUGCAAUGCUCGCCUGGCGCAUCAUCAUUGUGUGAAUUGGAAAACUGAAUUCCAAUUUCCGACAUCGAUAGAAGAUUAAUCAAGGGUUUUUCUUUCAUCACGCAAAUUGUAUUUUGCAUUCGGUUGCAUCCGACUUCCUUUUGUUAGUUCUGUUCUGUGCCGCAUUCCCACAUCUAUCUAUCAGAAAGUAGUCCGAGCUAAUUCAUUUUGCUUUCACAUAACUCGUAAGGUUGGGGUCUAACUAUAUAAAAGACAACAGACAUUUCGUGCAAUUAUUAUAUAUUUAUUUUACAUUCUAGAUUCUAUUCAA